AUGUUGAGGAGCGCAACAGUGGAGUUGUGUUGGUAUCCUCGGGAAGUUCUAGUGAUGAUAGUUCGAAUAAGAAGUCUAAUGACUCGGAACGUGCCAACACCGUAUGAAGCGACGAGAUUGGUGUACACCCAAGAUAUGGUGGCCAUACCAACGAGACAUGAAGGAGUGGAGAUCUUAGUUCCAUCAACGGAGAUAAUUGAGAUAUCUUCCGAUGAUGCUUUGACUAACUCAUGGGAUGGAGCGAGUUCGCAGCAGAUAUCGCAGGAGAUACCUAUACCGCGUGUCUUCAUGCCAGAAUAUGGGUACACUCCGUACAUACCGCCGGAGUCAAGUGAAAGUCUCUUGGACUCCGAGUACAACGCGAGCUAUGGAGGAAACGCCUAUGUUCAAGGAGGAACGAGCGCACCAAGUUUUGGACUACCAGAAGAAAGAAUUCCAUAUGAAGGGAAGCCUUGGGUUAAUCUUAACUCGGAGGCAACUGUGGAGAACCUUUGGUGGGACAUGGAGCGUGAUGCAGAGCGUGGAAGACCGAUUGAACCAGAGAGAGAUAGUGCAGCAAAGCUAGAGGCGUUUGUGAGGUACCAUUGUGAGAUUCUUGAGGCUCAUGAGAGGAACCAAAAUGAAGCUGUGGUGAACCAAGUUCCGGUGACAAACCAGAACGUUGGAGUUGUGAAAGAGAAUGUUUCGGAUGAGAAUCCGAACAAUGUUGUGGAAGUGAAUCAAGUUGAAACGAGAAACCAAGUGGUGGAGGAGAAUCCAAAUCAAGUGAAUGAGAGCCGUGUUGUGGAGGAACAUCGUGACGACGAUGUGGAGGUAAACCAAAGCCGUGAGGAGACGGUGGCUGAGAAUGAGAUUUCAAGAGCUGUGGAAAUGGGAAGUCCUCAGGAAGAAGGCCUGGAGGGAGACUUCGUUUUAGAGCUCAAGCGAGAAAGAGAGUUCUAA